UUUGCUGCUUCUGCAUGCCUCUUGCAUUCCUCAAAAGCCAGAACCUUUCCUUUUGAUUCUCUGUCAUCACAUUAACCAAUUCUACACUUUCUCGUUAGCUCUCUGAUUGCUAAGAGAGAUGGCGAGUGAGUGAAAACCCUUUUUAAUUUCUCACCAUUUUGAUUAUUUGAUUUAAGUCAUUUGGUGUCAUCGUUGCUUGGUUGCUGUUUUUCAUUAAUAUUUUCCCUUUUUGAGUCUGCCCUGCUGUUGGUUCCUACUGAAAAAAAAAAAAAAGAGAAGAGGAAGCAAGGAACCAAAGAAAGAAAGAGAACACAGAAAGAAUGGAAGCUGCUAUUGCUACUGGUGGCGCUGGCAACCUGGUUGCUGAAGUUGUCAAAUACAUAGCCCCUCAAUUUAAACGUCCUAUAAGUUACAUAUUUCUCCAUAGGAGAAAGGUUGAGAAUUUUGAGGAAAAGGUUGAGAUGUUAACAGAAAGACGGGAGAGAGUGCAGAAUGCUGUUGAUGUUGCUGAAAGGAACAUGGAGAUAAUAGAAAAGGAUGUCCAAAAUUGGCUUAUUAGAGUGAACAGGAUAAUCAAUGAAGAGGUGAAGGACGUGAAGGAUCUCGAAGACAAAGCCAAGAGCAAAUGUUUUGUUGGCUUGUGUCCUAACUUCAGGUCUCGUUACCUGCUAAGCAAGAAAGCAGGAGAAGGUUCCAACACUAUUGAUGAACUCCUCCGGCAAGGUGAAUUUAACAGGGUAUCAUUCCCUGCUGCUCCACCAGACAUAGUGGCUGCCUCUGCCAAAGAGUUUGAGGCCUUUGAUUCAAGAAAGAACGUUUUUGAUGAGAUCGUGGAGGCUUUGAAAGAUGCCAGUAUCAACCUGGUAGGGGUCUAUGGGAUGGGUGGUGUUGGCAAGACCACCCUAGUCAAAGAAGUUGCCAGACAAGUCAAAGAGGAUAAGUUAUUUGAUUCGGUGGUUAUGGCAGCUGUAACUCAGACACCUGACAUUCAGAAAAUUCAAAACCAAAUUGCAGAUAUAUUGGGUUUGAAGUUCGACGAGCAGAGCAUGACUGGAAGAGCAUGUCGGUUGUCUGAAAGGUUGAAGAAAGAGAAGAAGAUUCUUGUUGUUUUAGAUGACAUUUGGGCGAGGCUAGAUCUGGAAGAAGUUGGAAUUCCUCUUGGAGAUCAACAGAAGGGAUGCAAGAUACUACUGACGUCAAGAGAUCAAGAUGUACUAUUUAAUGGGAUGGAUGCUAAGAAAACUUUUGCAAUCGGUGUUUUGGAAGAAAGUGAAGCUUGGGACCUCUUUAAAAAGAUGGCAGGGGACAGUGUUGAGAAUCUUGAGUUGCGGUCUACAGCAAUUAAGGUAGCACAAAAAUGUGCUGGAUUGCCGGUCGCCAUUACCACAGUUGCCAGGUCUUUAAGAAGCAAGGGUUUAUUUGCAUGGAAUGAUGCUCUGAGAAAACUACAGAGGCCUUCCCCUACAAACUUCACAGGGAUACCAGCACAUGUAUACUCAGCUAUAGAGUUGAGUUACAGUCAUUUAGAAAGUGAGGAACUCAAACAGACUUUCUUGCUUUGCAGUCUACUGGGUCACCAUGUUGCCAUUCAAGACUUGUUGAAAUUUACCAUGGGUUUGGGUUUACUUAAUGGUGUUGGCACAGUAGAAGAAGCACGAGAUAGACUGUUGACAUUGGUGAGCAACCUCAAAACUUCUUGUCUAUUACUUGAUAGCUUCACCUGUGAUCGCUUUGAUAUGCAUGACCUUAUUUCGGAUGUUGCCUUAGCAAUUGCCUCAAGGAACAACCAUGUGUUUGUAUUAAAAAAUGAGGAUGUUCUGAAAGAUUGGCCUGAUGAAGAUACUAUGAAAAUGUGCAGUAGCAUUAGUUUGUGUUAUGCUAGUAUUAAUGAGCUUCCUGAUGAGUUGAAAUGUCCUCAACUUGCUUUCUUCCAUAUGGGUAGCAAGGAUGCUUCUGUAAGAAUACCAGCUAACUUUUUUAAGGAAACAAAAGAUCUUAAAGUCCUAGAUUUAACUGACAUGCAUCUUCCCUCCUUACCUUCGUCAAUUUUUCUCUUAACAAAUCUUCGUACACUAUGCCUAGAUUUCUGUGCGCUAGGAGAUAUAGCCAUCAUUGGAGAGCUCAAGGAUUUAAAAGUUCUCAGCCUUAUAGGAUCUGAUAUUGAAAGACUACCGAGGGAAAUUGCACGGUUGACACAGUUAAGGUUAUUAGAUCUUCAUGAUUGCACCAAACUCAAAGUAAUCCCUCCGAAUGUCUUGUCAAGUUUGUCCAGAUUAGAAGAAUUAUACAUGGGUAACAGUUUUGUCCAAUGGGAAGUGGAGGGACAUGCCAAUCAAAGAAGCAAUGCUAGUCUUGCAGAAUUGAAAUCUUUGUCUCGUUUGACCACUUUAGAGGUUCAUAUUCCUGAUGCCAAGAUUAUGCCAAGGGACUUGUUUUUUGAAAAGUUGGAAAGAUACAACAUCUUUUUAGGAGAUAAGUGGAAUUGGUUUGAUACAAAUGAAUACUCGAGAACUCUGAACCUCCAGCUAGAUUCAGGCAUUGAUGAUUUGGAUCUUGGAACUAAAAUGUUGUUGAAGAAAACUGAAGAUCUACACCUACAUGAAAUGAAAGGUGUCAAGGUUGGGCUGAAUGAGUUGGAAGAUGGGGAAGGUUUUCCACAUUUGAAAAAUCUCCAUAUCCAAAAUGGUUUGGAGAUUCGAUAUAUCAUUAAUGACGAUGAUGCUGUUGAUAAAGUUGAGUUUCUUCAACUACGGUCAUUGACACUUCAGGAUCUACCACAACUUAUAAGCUUUUGCUCGGGAAACAGAAGAGGCUUAACUUCCAUAUCUCCACUGGAAUUUCCACUUUUCAAUGAAAAGGUGGUGUUUCCAUGCUUGGAAAACCUGCGGUUGUCCUCAAUUAACGUCGAACAGAUAUGGCACAAUCAGCUCUCUGAAAUAUCUUAUUGCAUUCAGAAUCUGACAAGCUUGAUCAUUGAAGGUUGUGGCAAGUUAAAACGCCUAUUGUCCUCUUCUAUGAUUAGAAGUCUAGAGCAUCUCAAAAGCUUUGAGAUAAGUGACUGCAAGUGCUUAAGAGAGAUAAUAUUCACAGAGGAUAUAGAAGAAGAAAACAAUUCUAUGGUUUUAUUUCCUCGGUUAAACUCUCUUAAAAUAAAGAGUAUGCAACAUCUUAUUGGGUUUUGCUCAGAAAAUCAUAGUAUUGAGUUCCCAUCCUUGAAGCUAUUGGAGAUAGAGCACUGUCCUCAGUUUAAGGGAUUCAUGUACAAAUCUACAAUGGAGGACAACCAACGUUGCUCUACACAAGCUCUCUUUGAUGAAACGGUUGCAUUUCCCAGUUUGGAGAAAAUGACGAUUUCCCACUUAAGAAAUAUGAAGAUGAUAUGGCACAGCCAACUCUUUGCAAGUUCCUUUUGCAAACUGGAAGAAAUGAGAGUUGAACACUGCAAUGAGUUGCUGACCGUUUUUCCAUCUAACAUAUUGGGAACAUUCCAACAACUUCGAACUCUGAAAAUAUCCAGUUGUGGUUCACUAGAAGAAGUAUUUGACCUUCAAAGGUUAAAUAUGGAAGAAGCACAGGUUGUAACCACUCAAUUAAGAGAAUUGGAUAUUGUUCAUUUACCAAAAUUGAAGCAGAUUUGGAAUAAUGAUCCCCAAGGAAUUUUAACCUUUCAAAAUCUAUGCAUAGUAUAUGUUUGGGAUUGUUGGAAUCUGAAGACUGUGUUUCCACCCUCCGUUGCUAGUGUUCUUCCUCAACUUAAAGAUCUUAAAAUAUAUAGCAGUGGGGUGGAGGAGAUUGUUUCGAAGGAGGAAGGAUCGGAAGUGGCUAUUACUUUUGAGUUUCAUCAAGUAUCCUCCCUUGUUCUUUGGAACCUACCAAAACUAAAAUGUUUCUACCCAGGAAAGCAUACAACAAAGUGGCCAACGUUAAAGAAGUUGAUAACCUAUCAUUGCAAUGACAUAAUGAUACUCAGUACAGAACAGCGGAACAUGCAAGAAAUGAAUGGCGGCUAUCAACUUGAAUCCCCAAUCCAACCACCACUUUUCUUGGUUGAAAAGGUCAUCCCUAAACUUAAAGAAUUGUCAUUAAACUGUGAUGACAUUACAAUGAUGUGUGAUAGUCAGUUUUCAAGAAGCCUUUUUCCUGGAGUAGAAGUCCUUAAGUUGCUCUGCUACCAUGAUGAAAAUGCUAUUUUUCCAAUUUCUUUCGUUGAAAGAUUCCAAAAUCUAGAAAGGCUUGAGGUGGUUUGUUGUAAAUUCAAAGAAAUAUUCUCUUCUGAAGGAGAUAUAGGUUUGGAGAGACGUGCUGGGACACUUUCACAAGUUAGAACCUUAAAAUUGGAUGGUCUUGAUAAUCUUCUACAUAUAUGGAAGCAAGAUUCACGACUAGACCACAUUCUUCUAAACCUUGAGACUCUUGAAGUUCACAACUGUAGGGGUCUGAUUGGCUUAGGAUUGUCGCAGUCAUCUUUUCAAAAUCUCAAGACCUUGGAUGUGUGGCAGUGCAAUGCAAUGAUAAAUUUAGUUACAUCCUUAGCAGUCCAAAGUCUGGUGCGACUUGAAAAAAUGAGUAUAAGAGAGUGCCUUUCAAUGAAAGAAAUUGUUGGAGAUCCGGGAGAUGAAGAAACUUAUGACAUUGUUUUCAGUAAUCUGAAAUGUUUGGAACUUCAACAUUUACCAAAUCUUACAAGCUUUUGUUCAGGCAAUCACACAUUUGAGUUCCCAUCUUUGGAACAAGUAAUUGUGACCCAGUGUCCCGAAUUGAAGAUUUUUUGUCAUGGAGUUCUAAAUGUCCCACUGCUGAGAAGAGUCCAAAAAACAAACGAAGAUGAUAAAGGACCUUGGGUUGGUGAUCUCAACAGCACCGUCCAACAGCUUUACACAGAACAGGUUGGAUUCCAAGGAAUGGAGUAUUGCGUACUUUCCGAGUUUUCUAAGUCAAUGGAGAUAUGGAAUGAGAAUCUUCCUGGUGUUUUAGACUUCAAAAAUCUUAAGAGUUUGGAAGUCUAUGGAUGUAAUAGAUUGAAGUACAUUUUUACCUUUUCCAUGGCUUUGGAUCUUCAGCAACUCAAAGAGAUAAAGGUUAAAGAUUGCCUCAUGAUGGAGCACAUUAUUACACAUGAUGGAGAGGAAGCAGCGACAUUGACAAUCAUGCUCCCUUGGCUUCAGUUCGUAACUCUUGAGUCAUGUUCAAACUUGACAAGUUUUUAUUCAGGAAUUAAUACAUUGGAAUGUCCAUCUCUGAAAGAAAUUAUUCUAGUUGACUGUCCAAAGACAUUUGCAUUUGCAUCCACAAUUUCCAGAGAGCAAGGGCCUGAGAAAUUUGACAGAGGAAAUAUGAAAAGGAAUGGAAAGGGAAUCCCCAAUGACACUGUUGCACCCUUUUUCAGUGAUAAGGUAUUGUGUCCCCACUUGGAGUACGUGCGAUUGUGUUCAAUUAAAAUUCAAAAAAUAUGGCACGAUCAACUACAAGUAACAUCUUCUAAUCUUCAGAAUUUAAAGACUUUGAUUGUGGAGGGUUGUCACAGUUUGAAAUAUCUAUUUCUACCUGCCAUGGCAAAAGCAUUUUUGCAACUCAGGGACCUUUAUAUUAUUAAUUGUCAGAAUGUGGAGGAAGUAAUCAUAGUAGAAGGAUUAACAGAAACAGAAAGGAUAUCACAAAUGUUUUUUCCCAAACUAGAAUUACUGGAGCUCAGAGGCCUACCCAAACUUGUGAGAUUCUGCCAUGGAAAUUACUUUGUCUUCCCUUUCUUGAGAACACUAUGGAUAACGGACUGUCCUGAAUUGAAUACUUUAAUUUCCGAUUCUUUAAUUGGAGGUCAACCUCAGAUGGCUCAAAAGGAGGAAGGAAACAAGUCAGAGGUUGAUACUUUAUCCUUCUUCAAUGAAAAGGUUGCAUUCCCUAGAAUAAAAGAAUUGAGAAUUACAGGCAUGGGGAACUGGAGAAAGAUUUGGCAGGACAAACUCACUGUGGAUUCAUUUUGUGAACUAAAUUUCCUUUUAGUGAAAAAUUGUGAAAGACUUUUGAAUAUUUUUCCGUUUGACAUGAUGGAAAGACUUGACAAACUAAAAGAACUGCAUAUAUGGAACUGUGCUUCAUUAGAAGAAAUAAUUGGAGCUCAUGAGCUCAAUUCCUAUGAAUCACAUGUGAUUAAUGCUACUCAAUCAACCAUCAUGUUUGUACUUCCUAAAGUAACAUUCCUUGGACUUUCUACACUUCCCAAAUUGAAGUGUUUCUACUCCAAGAUCCAUACUACAGAAUGGCCGUCAUUAAUAGAAUUGCAAGUGAUUGGAUGCAGCAAAGUAAAGAUAUUUGCUGGGGAGUAUCUGAACUUGCAAGAAGUGCAAAGAGAGAGCCAACUUGAAAUCUCUACUCAACAACCCUUGUUUUGGGUCAGUAAGGAUACGUUCCCCAAUCUUGAAGUAUUAAUUCUCGAGCAGAAUGACAUUAUGAAGGAGAUAUGGCUUGGACAACUUCCAACACAAUAUUUUAGCAAACUGAGAGCGCUUGAGCUCAUAAGCUUUCCUUACAAUGCAGUUACUGUCCCAGAUUGUUUCAUUCAGUCAUUACCAAAUCUUGCAAAGCUUGUUGUUAGUGAAGCUUCCUUUAAUGAAAUAUUUCAAUGUGAAGGACAUGAGGGUGUGGGAGAACAUGCAAAAGCACUUGCUUUGUUGAGUGAACUAAGGCUAUCAGAACUUCCUGAACUGACAUGUCUCUGGAAGGAAGAAACACCACUUGGAGAUGCUUUUUAUAACCUGAGAACUCUAGAGGUGAUGGGAUGUGGAAGAUUAAAGAAUUUAGUGCCAUCCUCUGUGUAUUUUGAAAAUUUGACAACUUUGGAAGUAUCGAAAUGCCAUGGAUUUAUAACUUUGAUAGCACUCCCAACCGCUAAAAGCAUGGUGCAUCUCGCAAGAAUGAGUAUUACUGAUUGCCCAAUGAUGGAAGAAGUCGUAGCUUGUGCAAGUGAAGUGAGGGAUGGCAUCAUUUUCUCCCAACUGAAGUAUUUGGAACUUGGUAGUCUUCCGAGCCUAUCAAGCUUCUGCUCAGGGAAUUGUUCCUUUCUAUUCCCUUCCUUGGAAAAUGUCACCGUCAGACACUGUUCAAAUAUGAAGAUUUUCUCUCAAGGAGAGUUGAGCACACCCAAUAUGCAGAGAGUUCAAUUUGCUGAAGAUGAAGAGCGUUGGGAUGGAAAUCUAAACACCACUAUGGAACAGAUCUUCAUACAAAUGAAUGUCUCCAAUUCUAAAGAAGAGGAAGGUUGUUCCUCACACCCCAAGUUCAAUCAAGGCAAUGCUUCUAUGUUUUUGAAAAUAUUUCCCUUCCCAAAGACAAUGUAUUUGAAGUUUUGCUAUUUGUGCAAGUCUGUAUUGAUUUCUAGGCACAGUGACUGCAUCUCUUAAAAAUUUUGAGGCCUGCGAAUCAAGAAAGCCAGUUUUUGACAGGAUCAUGGAGGCUUUGGAAGAUUCUACCAUCAGCAUGAUAGGGGUGUGUGGGAUGGGAGGUGAGCAAGACCACA